AUGAAGCUGCUGCUCUGCAUUCCUACAACACAGUGGGCGCCGCGGCUGAGCGGCUUCUGGCUGCGCCUCUUCGCGCACGUGGCCAACACGGCUUUUGGACAGAUCAUCUUACUACCUUUCUUGCUAAGACUGAACAAAUUCUCCCUCUUGCGUUCCCUUGAUAUUCAUGAAGAUCCCACGUUUAUCCCAGAGGUUGCUGCAGAGCUUACAGAGGACAAGGGUGAGGCUGAAAACACUUCGGACGUUAUCAAGCAGCUGCUAGAUGCAAGGCCUGAUUCUGCCAGCGAUGGGUUUAGCUUCAAAGGAAUCAAAGACUACCUGGACUGCUACCGGAGCGGGAAGCUGACACCGUCUCAGGUCGCAAAGAACAUCAUUGCCGUGCUGGAGGACUGUGACAAAUCUACGCCUCCGCUCCGAGCGAUAGUGCAGUGGGACCAGGAGCAGAUAAUGCUGAUGGCUGAGGCCUCCACUACUCGUUACAAGAAUAAAUGUACCCUAUCUCAUCUGGAUGGGAUCCCAGUGUGCCUGAAGGAAGAGUUUAAAGUGGUGCCUUACCAUCACCGAGUGGGAACAGAGUAUCUUGGGACAGAGCCUGAAACAGAAGAUGCUACUGUGGCUAAGAAGCUGCGAGAGGCUGGAGCUAUCAUUAUUGGGGUCUCAAACAUGCAUGAACUAGGGACUGGAACAAGUGGAUGCAACCCAAAUGGGUACCACAAGAUCCCAAGGAAUCCCUACAAGCCUAAUCACUACACAGGUGGGAGCUCCAGUGGGUCGGCGGCAGCUGUGGCAGCAGGUCUCUGCCCUGUGGCUAUUGGCACAGAUGGAGGAGGCUCUGUGAGGAUUCCUGCUUCAUUCUGUGGCGUGGUAGGGCUGAAAGGUACCUUUGGGCGGAUCAGUUCUCACGGCUGCCUCCCGCUUUCCUAUUCCACCGUCAGUGUGGGCCCUAUCUGUACCUCGGUGGCAGAUGCAGCUAUUGUGUACAGCGUGCUUGCUGAGCCGGAUCCACUCUGCCCGUAUGGACUAAAGCAGCCCAAAGCAACCCUGUCAAAUAUGUGCGCACCGGACCUGAGGGGCUUAAAGCUGGGAGUGGACUGGACGUUUUUUAAGGCGUGUGAUGCAGAAAUCCUGUCCAUCUGUGAGAAAGCUGUGGAGUUCCUGCGGAGCCAGGGAGCCAGCGUGGUUGAAGUGUUUCUUCCGGAGAUGGAGGAGGUGCGAGUGUCUCAUGGAAUCUCUAUCCUCAGUGAGAUGAGGGACUUCCUGCAGCCUGACUUCAACAAACAUUUCCAUCAACUGAAUCUGGAGACUCGGAUCAGCCUGGCUGUGGCUUGCCAGUUCACAGCUCUGGACUAUAUUACGGCAAAUCGGCAGAGGACCCGGAGCAUGGGCUUCUUGCGAGAGAUUUUCUCCACUGUGAACUGUAUCCUCACCCCAGCUACUGCUUCUACUGCCCCAAGAAUCCACGACUCCGACCUCGUGACCGGGUUCAGCGAUUUCUCGCUCACAGUGCGGGCCAUGAGGUUCAUGCAGCUUGGCAACUUCACGGGCAUUCCAGGGCUGGUGGUUCCUGUUGGAUAUUCUGCUGCUGGGCUUCCUAUCAACCUCCAGGUCAUGACAAAAUGGUGGGAUGAAGCUACGCUGCUCAGGGUUGGCCUGAAGCUGGAGCAGUUUCGUCACCAGACCAAAAAACCCUCCGUUUAUUAUGACAUCCUUGCAUGAUGGGUGGCCAAUAUCAGCAAUAUUCUAACUUGUUGUUCCUAGUCUGACCUGUAAGUGUAAGAGUGGACUUAUUUUCAGUGAUUACCUCAAUAAGUUUAGCAGCCCCACGAGAAGAAAGGGGAGGAAGACUGAUUUAAGCAGGCAUUGAUGUGAGCAGAGUUCUGCUCCCUUUUGGGUAGGGGAUAUUCCAGGUUAUACUGGGGAGACCACUUGUGCUAGCUCAUUCCUUUUUUUCUGCCAGCUGGGGAAGCUGCAACCAUUUUCUGCAACCGCUUUUCCUGGAUGGCUCUUAUGUGUAAGACGGAAGGCAGGUGGAUUGUGCUCAGGCAGCUUUACAUGGAAAAGCCACAAUCCCGAGUCCUUAAACCUUCUCAAAGGACCUUCUCCCCUGCCCUAGGAUGUAACAAAGCGACUCCUGCAGGAGAAAGGCAGCUUCCCCUAUAGACACAUUCCCAGGGCUUUAGCACCUCAUUCCCUUGGAAUGAAGAGGAUCUCAGCAGGCUUGCCAGAAGGAGUUAACACUCAGAGCCUUCUCCUGUUACCCUCCUUAUCAGAUAUCCGAGAAGGGAAACUGCUGGCCUUGUGAUGAGGCUGCUGGAGGAGCUGUCAGCAACAGAAAAGCGCACUGCAUUCUUACAUAGCUUGGACGGAGAGGAGGAACAGAGGGAGGGAGUGCAGUUUCUCCCAAAGCUUAGCUUGUCUGUUGCUUUCUCAGUUUGUUUUAAGUCACCUUUAAAGAGAGCUUGCACCUUACUGAUGGCUAAAGUUGGCAGGCAGAUAGCAUCUGAAUGGAAAAACCCCAAACACGACCUACUUUUCCCUUAAUUACUUACGUCAAAACCUCAACAGCUAGCAGCAGCUGUUAGCAGCAUCCAUAGCUGAAGUAAUGAAACUUGAUAAUGUCUUUUGUCUUCAGUUCCCCUGUAUGAUACUACCAGCACUAUCAUUCACGAGAUACUAGUAUAGUUCAAUUCUAUGAAGAGCAGAUUUUAAGAGCACAAUAUUUCCCCUAAUAUUACCAAUAACUUAUUGAACACUUCUAAAAUACCUUAGUAUUAAUAUGCCUGCAAGAUGGAACACUGGUAAAGUGCAUCGUAUGGAAAUAGCAAGCAUUGACCAGCACUUGACAAGAAUAAAUUUCUCCAAGAAACAUUGCUGCUUGCAGAAAAUACCGGAGGAAUAUUU